CUCUGUAACCUGACGUCACUUCCGAAACCUGAAAAUUAUGUCUUCAGUACCCUCUGCUGUUUGGUUGAUGGUUGUUCCUGCAGCUGCAAGAGUCUUUGGUGAAUCCAUUACCGGUGUGGAGAUCCAGUCGUCACUAUGGGUGAAAGAAAAGGAACAAAUAAAUACUAUCCUCCAGAUUUUGAUCCGGCCAAGCAUGGAUCCCUCAAUGGCUAUCAUAAAACUCACGCUCUGCGGGAGAGGGCCAGGAAACUGUCCCAGGGCAUCCUCAUUAUCAGGUUUGAGAUGCCCUACAACAUCUGGUGUGAUGGCUGCACAAAUCACAUUGGCAUGGGGGUCCGCUACAAUGCUGAGAAGAAGAAAGUGGGGAACUACUACACCACGCCAAUCUACAGGUUUAGGAUGAAGUGCCAUCUGUGUGUCAACUACAUUGAGAUGCAGACAGAUCCGGCGACCUGCGACUAUGUAAUAGUAAGCGGGGCAAGCAGGAAGGAGGAACGCUGGGACAUGGCUGAAAAUGAGCAGAUCCUCACCACAGAGCGGACAGAGAAGGAGAAACUGGAGACGGAUGCCAUGUUCAAGCUUGACCACGGUGGGAAAGACAAGGAGAAGCUUAAGAAGGCUCUGCCUUCUCUGUCGGAGAUCCAAGACUACCAGUCCAGCUGGAAGAAUGACUUUCAGCUCAACAGCACCCUCCGCAGGAAGUUCAGGACAGAGAAGAAAGUUCUGGCUGAGCAAGAGGAGAAGGACAACACAGUGAGGAUGAGGACAAACCUGUCCAUCCCAUUGCUGCCAGAGAAGGAGGAGGACAAGAAACUGGCAGCACUGCUCACCUACCAGGCACCUGACUCCUAUGACGACAAGCAGCACAGCAAGCGGAAAGAGAUCUCCUCUCGAUCGUGGUUCAACUCCACCUCAGCCACACCAGGAAGUGCUGCAGGCAGUCUGCUCCAUAAGCUUGGCCUGCAGGGGAAAGAAGCAGCAGUGGCCAAAGCCCUGGGCUCCUCACACAGCCUCCUGAUCCGCAAACGCGCAGGAGGACUGGGAAUCAAAACCGAACCCUGCGCCACCAUCACUCGCAGAAAGUCACACCCUGAAAUGAACACGCGUGGAGAGAUUUCAAUGGUCACACAGAGAGAGGAAGCCCCAAGUAUAGCACCAACACAAGUAGUACAGGAGGUAACAGAGAUAAAUGACGCUGGCUCCAGGGAGACACAUGUCAAAACCACAGAGGAAGCAGAUGAAGGGCUGACAAAGGCAAAGGACUUUGGGAAGGAGAAGGAACAGUACAGAAGUUUGGGAGCUGUCACAUCCCUGGUGGCAGACUACAGUGACUCAGAUUCAGACCCUGGACAAUGAGGCUGAAUGAUAAUCAUUUUGUGAGAGUGAAACACAAACUGCAGAUGCUUGUCACAGCCGCUGACAUCUGCUCUAACAUGUGUUGCCCUUCACUUGUUGAAAAAACGGUGAUGAUUAACUCACCUGUCUGGUCACAAUGGAAAUAUUCUGUUUUCUAAAACAAAAUGUGUGAAAUAACAUUUUAGUUUUAUGCUUGGUAGCCUGCAGAAUACAUUCUCAUGAAUGUGACAUAUGAUGAUCCGCUGUUUAUAAGGCCUAUGUGCAAACACUGCAGACCCAGCGUAAAAUGUUAUUUGAUGAUAUUUAGUUUUUUAGAUUCACACAUGUGUGUGAUCUGAUAACAAAACUGUCAGGCACCUUGUAAAAUUAAAUGCAAAAUACUAGGUUAAAUACAGUUAAACUGUUGUAUGUGUUGUUUGAGUUUGAGAACAUUGCAAAUUGAUGCAACUAUUUACAUCACCCUGCAGUGAACAUCAGGUUAUUGACUCAGACCCAGAAUCAGAGAGCACAGCUGCUAACCUACUUUCAAUAAUCAUACACUGAGAAAAUCAUUGCUGAAUAGGUAGAGAGACCAGGUUGUUCACUAACAGUAUCUCCAGUAAACCAGAAACAAGGCCACCAAAAAACAUUUUGAGUAAUGAUUACAGUUGUCACAGUUUCGGGAGUAGUCAAGUAAAGUUACAUUUGGUACAUUUUACACAGUGCAGUAUAUUUCUUUGUGAAUGUCCAGAAACCUUCACUGCAUGUUACAGACAGUGCUGUGAGCUGGGUGAUAUUUUUUGUGUAUUAAAGGCCCUUUGUUGAAGUUGGGAAGUGCAAUGCUCAAAUUACAUGUCACCAGUCUUUAUGUAUUAAUAAGAAUGAUGAAUGAUUAAGUUGUCCCACUUAAAUAAAUUCAACACAGCUAAUAGGAAAGUGCUGCAAAUGUAAAUCAAGCACAGUCUGCACAUGCCCACACAGUCCUGAGUGGAGGUCUAAUCAUGCAAAAACACCUGUGUGGAUGUGAUAUGGGUGUUUAGGGGCUUUAACAGCACCGAUCUUUAAAAACCUUCAGCAUGCACACUUUAAAUGGACGUUAAGUGACAGCACCUCAAAUCUAUAUUGAAAUCUCAAAUCUCAGUAGCUGGGGAAUUUCUAUACCUGCUGAAAUGGCCUGUAACGCACUGUGGGAUUUUGUAAUGAAGAUAAGGAAUUGUUAGCUCACAGCUAAUGUAGCAGUGGUAUUGCUUUCUAGUGGGCGCUGUUCAAAAUUCAAGCAUGAAUAAAAUAAUGCAAUACA